GUCGCAGUAGCAAACUCACAGCCACCGCAGUUGCUUAAUAUUAAACUUCGAUUAAAUUUAUGAAUCAGUUGCAAUUGUGUAAGCAGCAACGUAAAGUGACUACCACGCGCCAACUGGUUAAUGAACUUAACCGCUUUGACAGUACAAAAACAAAAGCAAUAAAAUUUUGUGAAUUACAAUUACAUCACUGAACUUCUGAACUCAAAGCAGCAGCUUGAACUUGAACUUGAAUCAACACACUGAGUGCAUACGUCACCGCCUACGUCCUUGUGUGAUAGUGAAAUUGAUAUGUUGUGCUAUACGCGUAUUUUAUAUUGUUUACUGAGCUACAUAUUUGUCGGCUUCGGUGUUAUCAAUUUUCCACUAGUUGCUGCUGUUAGUACGGUGGAACCGAAUAGCGAGAAGCCGCAUAUUAUUUUCAUACUAGCCGAUGAUUUGGGCUUCGAUGACGUCAGCUUCCGUGGCUCCAAUGAAUUUCUCACACCCAAUAUUGAUGCGCUCGCUUAUCAUGGUAAAAUUUUGGAACGCUUGUAUACGCCGGCGAUAUGUACGCCUUCACGUGGUGCACUAAUGACCGGACGCUAUCCCAUACAUACAGGCACACAACACUAUGUUAUUAGCAACGAGGAACCAUGGGGCUUGCCCACAAACAUAACACUGAUGCCGGAAAUCUUCCAAAAAGCUGGCUACUCCACCAAUCUGGUGGGUAAAUGGCAUUUGGGUUUCGCCACGCGUGAAUACACGCCGACUUAUAGAGGUUUCGAUAAUCACUACGGCUAUUGGGGUGGUUUCAUUGAUUACUAUCAGCGACGUAGCCAAAUGCCGCUGCCGCACUACUCCAUGGGCUAUGAUUUCUAUCGCAACUUGGAGCUCGAAUGCGCCGAUCGCGGUGUUUAUAUGACCGAUUUACUAACCCGCGAAGCUGAGCGUAUAAUACUGGCGAAUAACAACACGAAGCCACUUUUCCUCUUGCUAAGCCACUUAGCCGUGCAUACCGGUAACGCUAAUGAACCGUUGCAAGCACCGAGGGAGGAAAUUGCGAAAUUCAGCUAUAUCAAAGAUCCAAAUAGACGCAAGUAUGCAGCGAUGGUCUCACGCCUGGAUCAGAGUGUUGGCAACAUAAUAAAUGCGCUUGAAGAGGCCAAUAUGCUUAAGACUUCUAUAGUAAUCUUUCAAUCGGACAAUGGUGGACCUUCGGUCGAUCUCUUCGCAAACUCAGCAUCAAAUUGGCCUUUCAAAGGGCAAAAGAAUACAGCCUGGGAGGGUGGCGUACGGGUUGCUGGCGCCAUUUGGAGUCCACUACUGUCGCAACGUCACUCACUAUUUCGUCCCACCAUGUAUAUGGGUGAUUGGUUACCCACUUUAGCCGCGGCCGCCAAUAUACCGCUUAACCAAAGUGCAUUGCGUUUGGAUGGUUUGAAUUUAUGGCCAACACUUAGUGACGCUACAAAUAAUGCAAACUAUGAAAAUUUCGACCGUGAAAUAGUGCAUUACCUCGAUGAUGUGUGGCAUGUUGCGGCAUUACAGCAAGGCGAUUGGAAAUAUGUGAAUGGCUCAACAGCGGCAGGACGCUUCAACAAUGUGCUCACCUAUCGUGAACUCUACGAUACCGAUCCACGUAGCGUCGAUUACUACGCGGCGGUGAAGAACUCAAGCACCUCGUCGGUAUUGCAGAGAUAUGAUGAACAUCAAUUGCAGCGAGCGCAUAUCAAUCAGCUACGUAAUGCCGCGAAAGUAGACUGUGGCAAUGGCGUACAACGUAGCUGUAAUCCGCUAUGGGAAGAAUGUCUAUACAAUGUGGCCGUUGAUCCAUGUGAACGCAACAAUUUGGCUUCGUUAAGUGAGUAUAGGAAAAUACUGAGACGCAUGCGUAGAAGUGUGCGCCAACACAGAAGUAACGCUGCGCCGUUAGCCAAUCGUAGAGGCAGCUUUGAGCAUAGUCCUUCGCGUCAUCGUUGCGUGUGGUCGAAUUUUUUGGAAGACGCACCCAGUGAGGAAUUCUUCGUUUGUGGUCUUUACGGAAUGCCCUGUGAAUCUGCUACUUCAGUAGAGGGUAUAAAUGUAGAGCAUAUUUGAGGAAUGUUGUAUGUUAUGUUAAAAAGUCGUUAGCAUAAUAAAUAUUAGUAUUACUCGUACUACUUGAACAGUA